AUGAAGUGGCUUCUCGCAUCGUCACUCGUGUUUAUUGCACCAGCCCAUGCGGGCCUGCGCUUCCAAUGCUCUACCCUGACCGUCCAGCGUCUUGAUCCGGUCGUACAGCCAGGCUCCAACCCCUCGGCGCACGUUCACCACAUUGUUGGCGGCAAUGCCUUCAACGCCACCAUGGAAGGUGACGUGAGUUCCCGCGCGACUUGCACCACGUGCGAGAUGGCCGAGGACUUUUCCAACUACUGGACGGCCAACCUCUACUUUAAGCAUCCUACCAAUGGCUCGUACCACCGCGUCGAUCCGAUUCCCGUCAAUCCUGGCAACCUAGACGGCUACUCUGGAACGACGGGCGGACUCACUGUCUACUAUACUCAGCAUGAUUUGUCCCGCGACAUGAUCUCCCAGACGCCCAUCAAGUCGUUCCAGCCAGGUUUCCGCAUGACGGUGGGCAGCCCGAGCAAGAGUGGAACCCCUCAGGUCGGUCUGCGAUACCAGUGCCUGACAGCCAGUGGUGGCAGAGGUGCGGAAAUGAACGACUUUCCCAAGUCUCCCUGCGCCGGGGGUAUAUUUGUUACCAACCACUUCCCAGCCUGUUGGGAUGGCAAGAACCUUGAUAGCCCGGAUCAUCAAUCACACAUGUACAACACCAUCACCUCGGACGGCUUUGUCAAUGCCGGACCUUGUCCAUCCACCCAUCCGGUUCGGAUGCCACAGGUCACCUAUGAGACUGUCUGGGAUACCACCAAGUUCAACAGCAUGUGGCCUUCGGGCGGCGCAAACCCCUUUGUGUGGAGUUUCGAGGGCACGACCGGCAUCAAUGGGGCCGGCACUCACGCCGACUACAUGUUUGGCUGGAAGGGUGAUGCCCUGCAAAAGGCCAUGAACAAGUCUGAAUGCUUUUACGAUGGCUGCGGCUCCCUGCAGAAGCAGCAGAUGAGUAAGGCUGGUCAAUGCACCGUAAAGGACAUGGUGGGUGAAGAGACUGGAGGAUGGCUCGCCAAACUUCCCGGCAUGUAA